GGUGUCAGCGAGGAGAAGGCGUGCAUCUUGCAGCAGCAGAUGGCGGUGGCCUUCCAGAGCGAUUGCUUCUCAGAGUUGCUCAAGGAGAAGGGCCAUCCCAUCGACACAGCUAAACAGUGGCCCUCGAACCCCGAGGACGCAGGUGACCUCCUGAUUCGCGACGAGAUCAUGUCGAAUCUCGGGCCCAGGGACCAGUCGGAGUUUCUCUUUUGGGAGUCGAUGAAGGCGAACGAUUUCGAGGUGCCCACUGCUGCGACCAAGGGCAAUCCCAUCGGCAAGAGGUGGGACAGGGCCAUCAGGGGGAGUAACCAGAUCUCUAAGGCCCUGCGCGAAGGGUACGGCCAGAAGAAAACGGAUACCGAAAAAGCAGCGUUCAGACGGGAGUGGGCCAGGAAGGAGUGCGCCAAGAAGAGCACUUCGUGGUCAAAGGCCAUGAAGUACAUGACGCGCUGCAUGAGCCUCGGCCCUCCGUGGAUUCAGUGGUGUUCCUGGACCGAGAGCCUCCGCGGGCUCUACGUGACUUCUGGCCUCAAGGAGACUUUCUCGCAGGAGUGG